CGGUGCGGCGGUGACGCGCGGGGCGGGCGGCGGAAGCGGCGGGAGCGGGAGCGGCCGCGGUUGUCCCGGUAACCAACGCCGGGGCCUGCGGGGCCAUGGGCGAGCUGGGCCCGGAGGAAGGGCCCGAGAACACGUACAGCCUGCGGCCCGACCUCCAGCACCGGUUUAAGUCAUCCACAGUAAAAGAAUGCAUCCGUGCAAUACUGAAGGAGAAGCUGGCCAAUGUACAGUACAUCCCAGAAGAAAUGCCUGAGCUUACAAAGUCUUUAUCAGACACAAUAAAAGACAGACUGAAAGAGGAGGGAUUUGACAGGUACAAGAUGGUGGUGCAGGUUGUCAUUGGAGAGCAGAGAGGAGAAGGAGUGAACAUGGCUGCACGAUGUUUCUGGGACGCUGACACUGACAGCUGUGCUCACGACGUGUUCAUGAACGACAGCCUGUUUUGUGUGGUGGCUGCAUUUGGCUGCUUCUACUAUUGAAGGUGACAAACAUUGCACAGAAAGAUGGACAUUGGGGAGAAUGCUUUGGAGUACUUUUUAUUUAAGUGCACAAAAGCACCAUAUUCUUCCUUUAGUACAUAACACAAUUAACUGCUCUAUGAAGCAUGUCCUACACCUGUUCUACACACUAUAACAUUCCUUCUUCCUUGUGGAUAUUUAUAUAGCUUUAGGCACAAUAUUAAUAUUAUUAUUAUUAUUAUGUCCUUUAUUUAAAUGGCCCUUUGUUUUUUAUAUAGUGUUGGUUUUGUCCUAAAAGUGUAUUGCCAAUAGCCAUUGCUUUUCAGGCAAACUCAACUUCUGUCUCAAAAGGGUUCUGUUACUUUUAUUUUUAUUUCUAUGAAAUUAAUGAAAUAUUUAUAAGAAAA